UGUAUUUUUUUCUUUCGUUCAGAAUGAGGCAGUGUAAAAGUUGGAGUGUGUUGCUGCUGCUGUUGGUGAUGGGACUUGGAGCCAUGGCUCAAAAACUGCCGACGAGAGACGAAGGCCUCUUCCAGAUGCAGAUCAGGGACAAGACGAUGUUCCACGACUCCUCUGUCAUCCCGGACGGAGCCGAGAUCAGUGGCUACCUGUUCAGAGACACACCCAAGAGGUACUAUUUUGUGGUGGAGGAAGACAACACACCCCUGUCUGUGACCAUGACACCUUGCGACGCUCCUCUGGAGUGGAAACUCACCCUGCAGGAGCUGCCAGAGGAGGCCAGCGGAGAGGGAUCAGGAGUUCCUGAACCUCUGGACCAGCAGAAGCAGCAGGUGACCGUAGACGAGGGGACGGAGCUCUUCACCUACAAGGGGAAUGACGUGGAGUCCUACGUGGCCACGAGCACGCCCUCCGGCCUCUACCAGCUGGAACUUCUGUCCACGGAGAAGGACAGCAACUUCAAGGUGUACGCCACCACCACUCCAGAGUCGGACCAGCCCUACCCGGAGCUGCCCUACGACCCCCGGGUGGAUGUGACCGCGCUGGGACGCACCACGGUCACGCUGGCCUGGAAGCCGACUCCGACGGGCUCUCUGAUGGGUCAGCCCAUUCAGUACUGCGUCGUCAUCAACAAGGAGCACAACUUCAAGAGCAUGUGUGCGGCCGAAGCUAAGAUGAGCACCGACGACGCCUUCAUGCUGGCGCCGAAGCCUGGCCGAGACUUCAGCCCGUUUGACUUUGCGCACUUUGGCUUCGUUCCCUCAGACAACGGUUUCAACAAAGACAGAGGCCUCAUGAGUAACAAGAUUUCACGCUCGUACACGAUCAAGCCCAAAGCGUUGGACAUUCAGAAGGUGUGCAUUGGCAAUAAAAACAUUUUCACCGUGUCUGACCUGAAGCCGGACACGCAGUACUACUUUGACGUGUUCGCCGUGAAUUCCGCGACCAACACGAGCACGGCGUACGUGGGGACCUUCGCCCGCACUAAAGAGGAGGCGCGUCAGAAGACGGUGGAGCUGAAGGACGGCAAAGUGUCGGACGUUUUCAUCAAGAGGAAGGGCAGCAAGUUCCUGCGCUUCGCUCCCGUGUCUUCCCACCAGAGAGUCACCCUGUUCGUCCACACGUGUCUGGACGCCGUGCAGGUGCAGGUGAGGCGCGACGGGAAGCUGGUGCUCUCCCAGAACGUGGAGGGGGUCCGGCAGUUCCAGCUGCGCGGAAAGCCGAAAGCCAAGUACCUGAUCCGCCUGCGGGGCAGCAGGAAGGGCGCCUCCACCCUGAAGGUGCUCGCCACCACCCGACCCAGCAGCAAGCAGCCCUUCCCGUCGCUGCCGGAGGACACGCGCAUCAAGGCGUUCGACAAGCUGCGCACGUGCUCCUCCGCCACCGUGGCCUGGCUGGGCACGCAGGACCGCAACAAGUACUGCAUCUACCGCAAGGAGGUGGCCGACAACUACGGCGAGGAGCAGCGGCGCCGGGAGCAGAACCAGUGCGCCGGGCCGGAGACCCGCAGGAAGUCGGAAAAGGUCCUGUGCAAGUACUUCCACAGCCCGAACCUGCAGAAGGCCGUGACCACAGAGACCAUCACGGGCCUGGAGUCGGGCAAGACCUACCUGCUGGACGUUUACGUGGUGGGACACAGCGGGCACUCGGUGAAAUACCAGAGUAAACUGGUGAAAACAAGGAAGUACUGCUAAAUGACUCUGCAAAGAAUAAAUCUAUUAUAAAUAUAUAUAUUAAAUAAGUUUAUUUAACUCUAAGUGAUAUUCUACUAAGGAGUGUAUACAGACUACUCACACAGCGGACGGGCCUGUGGCAGUGACUGAACUGUUUUGUAGAGAGAGAAAUCCACCUGUAUAUUUAUGUUUACAUUUCAUUGUGGCACCUCAGGGUGGCCCCGUAAGCGUGAGGUGUCCUUCAUUUCCUAGGCUUGACAUCAUCAUGUCGCCACUGGGGGAGGCAGAACUUCAGAGAUC